GGACACAAAAAAGCUGCCAACUCAGCAAUUUUUUCACCAAUUACUGGGAACAAGUUAGUGACUUGCUGCUAUGACGACAGAUUGAGAGUGUACAACACCAGUGUUAUUGGAGAAAGUGCAUCUAAACCUUGUGUAUCAAUACACCAUAACAACCACACUGGAAGGUGGCUGGCUCCUUUCCAACCAGCUUGGCAUCCAACAAGGGACGACAUAUUCGUCAUGGGAAGUAUGCACAAACCAAGACAGGUUGAAAUUUUUGACUCUGAUCUACAGCUUCAAUGUGUACUUAACGAUACAGAAGUUAUGAAAAGUGUGUGUUCACUCAACCGUAUCCACCCAAGCAGAGAUGUGGUCGUCGGGGGCAACUCAAGCGGACGGGUUUUUAUCUUCGGGCAAUAGAAAGCUGUUUUUUUUUUAAAUGAACAUUGUUUGGGAUUUUUGCAGCAUAUGCAGUUCUUAAAAGACCUUUGAUUAUGUUUUCUGUUUUUGUAUUACACUUCUUACAUUGUGUUUGUGUCACAUAUUCCACACUUUUCCAACCUCCAUUUUUUGCUGUUCUGCUGCUUCUGUUUUUCAUAUUCUCACUAUCUUCUUAACACACAGGGUCAUAAGGUGGUUAAUUUUGAUAAAAUAAUAGAAUUAUUAAAAUGGGAGGUCGGGGGAUUUUCAAAGUUAUGUCUGAUGAUGGGUGGUCAAGCAUGGGAGGUUACAUGGAGGCAAAAAUACAAAAACUUGAGAAACAAUUUCAAGAAAAAAGCUCGCGAAAUGAACAGUUGUCGUCCAUUUUUAAUAAAGUUGCAAUACAUGUGAAUGGAUACACGAAUCCUACUGCAGAUGAACUGAAAACAUUGAUGGCAAAACAUGGUGGAAAAUAUCAUGCUUACUAUAACAGCAACUACACUACGCAUGUGAUAGCUUCCAACUUGCCUCGUGCCAAAGCAAAAGAUUUGAAACCAAACCAAAAAAUUGUCCGACCUGAGUGGAUAGUUGAAAGCAUCACUGCGGGGACUUUGCUGCCAAUUCAACCUUACUUACUUGUGGCUAAUUCUUCGGUUUCAAGGCAGAAAAUACUGACAAGCAAAAAGGAAGAUAAAGUGAAUCCUAGUUCUAACCCAUCCACCUCGAAAUGUAUUGAAGACACGACACCACAAGUAAAACCAGAGGCAGGUGAAAAUACACCUCAAUGCUCUACAGUAGUUGCCAACCAUGUAAACCAACAAGCUAAUUCACGAACAAGCAAAAUAGCAGCAACAACGGACUCUGGAUUUUUAGAUGAAUUCUAUGCAAAUUCAAGGCUUCAUUUUAUCUCAACUUGGAAAAAUGAUCUAGCUGAUUUUGUAAGGUCACUGUCACAAAACAAUCAACCUCUUACUGGAAAAGAAGAAUUAUUGAAAUUGACGAAAGAGCAAAAAGGUAACUUGCUGUUAAAUGGUAAAGUGAUCAUGCAUAUAGACAUGGACUGUUUCUUCGUCUCUGUUGGUCUUCUGUCCAGACCUCAUUUAAAAGGACGUCCUGUAGCGGUGACGCAUCACUCUAGCUCAACACCUUCGGAGCAUAAACAACGACCGGGAACAGACCCAAACUUUGAAAGGAGUUAUUACAAAGAGAAGCUCGGAAAAAACUUUGAACAGAAAUUUCCCAGCAAUCCAGUUGGACCCAGCAAUCCGAGUGAUGGACAAGCAUCUGGCAGUGCAAGUAAAGCCAACACAGUUCCUUCAUAUUCCGAGAUUGCAUCUUGUAGUUAUGAAGCAAGAGCGGCUGGACUUCGAAAUGGGAUGUUCUAUGGAAGAGCUAAAGAACUCUGUCCAGAUCUUAUAGCUAUACCUUAUGACUUUGAGGCAUAUAAGGAUAUCUCACAGAAGUUAUACACUGUCCUUGCAUCAUACACACAAUCCUUGGAAGCAGUUAGUUGUGAUGAAGCAUUACUUGAUGUCACACAACUUGUCGAAGACACAAGUCUCACCCCACAAGUUAUCGCACAAAAUAUAAGAGGAAAAAUAUUAGACGCAACUGGGUGUAAUGCUUCUGCAGGCAUUGGUCCAAAUAUUGCUCUAGCAAGAAUGGCAACUAGGCUGGGCAAACCAAAUGGGCAACAUGAAGUCACACUUCAGCAAGCUGAGGAAUUUAUCAGAGACCUCCCAGUGAAAGAUCUGCCUGGUGUUGGUCGUGCCACAGCUUCAAGAUUAAGAGAAUUAGGUGCAAGCACAUGCGGAGAGCUACAGAAAAUUCACCCAGACUUACUAAAAAAGGAAUUCGGGAACAAAACUGGUCAAAAACUCCAUGAAUUAUCAAAAGGAAUAGAUGAGAGAGAGGUGUGUCAGUCCAAGGAAAGAAAGUCAGUAUCUGCUGAUGUUAAUUAUGGGAUACGACUCAAAACUGAGGAUGAAAUGAAAACCUUUCUCAACAAUCUUUCUAAUGAAGUAAGCAGCAGACUAAAGAAAACUGGCUUAUCUGGCAAAAAAAUCACUUUAAAAGUGAUGGUACGACAUUCCGAUGCCCCUGUAGAAACAGCAAAGUUUAAAGGUCACGGGGUUUGCAAUUCUAUUUCUCGGAGUAAGAAUUUAAACGAAUACACUGAUGAUUGUGACAUCAUAGGAAGAGAGGGAAUAACAUUAAUGAAAUCUCUGCAAUUGAAUGUAACAGACUUGAGAGGUAUAGGAAUCCAACUUUCCACCUUAACUUCAACCUCUAGCUUAUCCAAAUCUCGACUCUCAAUUCAACAGUUUAUAAAAAAAGGAAAAAGAAAAUCAUCUGAUAUGCAGAUUAUAACGCCUGAAAAGAAAAUCGAUUCAGCUGUUUAUGGAAAUCAAGAAAUGGAAUCAACAGUAAAAACAGAUUGCCAAAAUAAAGUUGCCAAAACUGAACAAGCAUUUGAUUUAAGAGAAGAAAAAUGUGAGACUAAUGAUACUGCCAAGAAUGAUUCAAUAAACACAAGUUUUCUUGAUGCUUUACCUGAAGAACUACGUAAAGAAAUUGAGAAAGAUUAUAAAGCUCAGAAGAACGCUCUGCAACAAGUGAAGAAACCUGAACCAUCUUCUGCUUCCAAUUCUCCAACCAAGUCAUUACUUCAACAAUCAACUUCAAGGGGUCAGAGUUCAAAAAGGGGUCGUCCAACAGGGUCAAAAUCGAGGCGUAAAGUCAGCCGAAAAGUUGUGAAAAAAUCACCAGUGAAAAAAAUGCUGCCUCUAAAAGCAGUCACAAGUCCAAAUAAGCUAAUUACCGAUAUGUUUUCCAAAAUCCCCAAAAAGGAGGUUGGAAAAGUCGAUCCAGUUGCUAAAAGGAGUCUUGAAGAUGAUGUUACAAUAUGUGAAGGAAAAAAUGAUAAUACAAAAACUGAAAGAAAAAUAUCCAAACCUUCUUUGGGUGGAGCAACAACAACAGCUGAAGUUCGCGACGUGAUCAGGAAAUGGACGAGAGCUUAUUCCCAAGAGUUUCCACUUGAUUCUGACAUUGAAGAUAUUAUAAACUACUUAUGCACGCUGGUGAAUCAUGUGCGAAAUUUGGAAAGUACGGAACUUAUUCUUCGAACCAUACGGAGAUACAUUGGAUUUGUUAUCGAACAGAAUGAAAAUGUUGAAAUGCAGACGGCGUGGCUGGUUGCUUACAGCCAAAUUUUAUGUGCUGUAAAUAAGAAGGUAGAAAAUUUGUAUGGUGGCGCACAAUUUCAGUUGCCAUCUUUACACUUACCAUGAAUCUCUGUCACUUCAUUGUUUUUUACACUUACCAAUCAUGUUGGUGGGAAUUUGUGUUAUUUACUAUCAUGUAUUCAUGUCUUUGCUUUAUUUAUUUAAUUCACUGUGAAAAUAAACUCUAUUACUACUGUCAA